AUGGUACGCAAGAUCGACCCCGGUGAGGUAUUCAUCGACGAUGGUGAGACCGCGAGCGACGUGGCGUUCUGCGCCAAGGGCGGAAUUGACAAGGGUGGAGAGUGGGAUAUGGAACGUUUCUCACCAUUCGUCGACCUGUCCAAUCGCGCGCGGCUGUGUUCUUAUGGGGGUGGACCGGACGAAUCCAAGGCAUGGCCAGUGAAUGAGCUCAUCCGCGACAUUGAGGAAGGCAGCGUGAAGAUUCCUGUGAAGGCGUCCAGGCUCGAGGAGAUACACAAGGUGCAUUACAAUCCCGAGCCGUAA